UCAAGACUCGCAACUCCACUCUCAACGUGGUGUUGUUGACGGUUGACUUUUGAGAUUUGUGGUUAGGAAUAUUUUGAAAAUAAUAGUAAAUUUGCUUAGGCCUGUAUAUUACGUGAAUAUUCAAUUCUUAAUGCUUGGAUUGAGAGCAACAUACUGAAACCUGAAACGCUGUUGCUGCUAUUUGCCUGUCCCUGCUAAUUAAACACAGUCAUGUUUAUUUAAAAAUGGAUUUGCUGGUCCCGUUUUCCUCAUCAUUUGACUGAAAGAUUUGGGAAUGUACGGGUUUAAAAUUCCCAACACGAAUAUUUGUGUGGAUUAUUGGGACGAUGAAGAGGAACCUCACGUCAGGUUUCUGACUAAUGCUCACGACAAUCGAUUGCAAAACAUCUCAAAUGUGAAAGACACAAUAUACAUGACGGCGUUUAGUCUGUGGUUUUUUAAGUUCGUUCGCAAGAAAGAUUUGAAGGGAGAAGUAGUUUGUUUAUCGUUGAAUAAAAGCCAUAGGCUUGAAGGAGCCUGUAAUGGUGAUAUCACACCUUUCUACGUGACUCUGAUCGACUUCAAUCAUUGUGCGGGCUCAGUCAUGUAUUUAUUUGAAGGUGAAUUUGGUCAAGUCCUAUGUACUGGAGACUUCCGUUACAGACCUGCAAUGUUAAACAACCCAAUACUGCGCUCAUUGGCCGAAACGAAGAGCCUGGACAUAUUGAAUGUGGACAACCGAUUUAUCGCUGAGCAUUGUUAUUUUCCACCAAAAGAAGACGUCAUAAGAGAUACCGUACAGAUGAUCAAAUCAUAUCCCAACCAUAAAAUUGUCCUUUGCAUUGGGAAUUUUGGAAAAUAUGAACUAUUGAAGGCUAUUGCGAAAGAAUUGAAGGAGAAAAUAAAAGUCACCAGCGAUUAUUUGAUGGUUGCCGAGAGAUUGGCAAUUUCAAACAUUUUCACCCUCGAGGAUGUCCGGAUAACAACUAAAGAAACCGAAUUCUUGAACGAGAAAGAUUUGAAUGAAUUGAAAUCAAAAAUGGGACCAACAAUUGUAGCGGUUUUCAGUCCUUUCUUUAGCAUAGCUGAAGAUUUUGAGACCAUCGUGAAGAGCCAAGAGAUGGGACUGAAAAUAUUGCCCUACAGUGAACACAGCAAUCACAAAGAGUUGUACUCAUUCAUAGAGGCACUGCGGCCGAAUAUCAUUGUACCAAUUGUCAAACCAAAUGAGGGUCUCACUUCAGCAGCCAUUAGAAACUCUACCAUACCAAAAUGUAUUGCUGCUCUUCAGAGAAGUGGAAGGAGAAUUCUAAGCAUGGACUCAAUUCUUGGAAGGGAAUCUCCUCUACCCAUGGACUUCAUAUCGGAACUAUUGGAGGAGUUUGGUGGCGAGGGAUCUAUUUUUGAAGAAGGAGGGGAACCUAUGAGCUUUAUAUCGGAAAUAUUGGAAGAGCUUGGUGGCAAGGGUUCUAUUUUGGAAGAAGAAGCGGAACCGAAACGCAAGAGAAAGAAAAUAUCACAAUCUUCAUUGAAAAAGAGUAAUUCAAUUUCCGCCAAACACACAGUCAAUACAAGCAAUUUGAAAUUUGAAACUCCUGUCAUAGAUGCAGGGUAUGAAAAAAUUCUGAAGUAUUUGGCUAAGAGUCGUUCAAUUCCAGGCAAACGGACAGUUUGUAAUAGAAGUAUGAAAAUUGAAAGACCUGAACUGGAAACAGCAUACAAUAAUAAUCAGGAAAAUUUGGAAAAGAGUUGCUCAAGUUUAGGCAAACGCACAAUUGACACCAGAAAUCUGAAACUUGCAACUCCCGCCCUAGAAACAGGCACAGAUAACAAUAAGGAGCAUUUGGCAAAGAGCUGUUCAAUUGUGGACAAACGCACAGUCGAUAAUAGAAAUCUGGAACUUGAUACACCUGCACUAGAAACAGGGUAUGAUAACAAUCAAGAAUUUUUUGUACAGAUUUGUCCAAGUGAGUACAAACGCAUAGUCUAUGCUAGAAAGGAUUUUACAAAUCCUGCACUAGAAACAUGGUAUGAUAACAAACAGCAAAAUUUGGCAAAGAGUAGUUCAAUUGCAAGCAAGCCGUCAGUCGAUACUAGAAAUCUGAAACUUGUAACACCUGCACUAGAAACUGGUUCAAUUAACAAUCAGCAGAAUUUGGCAAAGAGUAGUUCAAUUGCAAGCAAGCCGUCAGUUGAUACUAGAAAUCUGAAACUUGUAACACCUGCACUAGAAACUGGUUCAAAUAACAAUCAGCAGAAUUUGGCAAAGAGUAGUUCAAUUGCAAGCAAGCCGUCAGUUGAUACUAGAAAUCUGAAUCUUGUAACACCUGCACUAGAAACUGGUUCAAAUAACAAUCAGCAGAAUUUGGCAAAGAGUAGUUCAAUUGCUAGCAAUCCGUCAGUUGAUACUAGAAAUCUGAAACUUGUAACACCUGCACUAGAAACUGGUUCAAAUAACAAUCAGCAGAAUUUGGCAAAGAGUAGUUCAAUUGCUAGCAAGCCGUCAGUUGAUACUAGAAAUCUGGAACUUGUAACACCUGCACUAGAAACUAGCUCAAAUAACAAUAAGGAGCAUUUGACAAACAGUUGUUCAAGUGGUGCAAAAAGCAAGGUCGAUAUUAGAAAUUUGGAACUUGAAACUCCUGCCCUAGAAACAGAGUUCAAUGACAAUAAGGAGCUUUCGACAAAAAGUCAUUUUAUUGUGGGAAAAUGCGCAUUUGAUAUUAGAAAUCUGGAACUUGAAACUCCUCUCGAAGAAAUAGGGAAUGAUAACAAUAAGGGACAUUUAACAAAAAGUAGUUCAAGAAGAGGUAAAAACAUGGUCGAUACUAGGAAUUCGGAACAUGAAACUGGUGUCCUAGAAACAGGGUUCAAUAACAAUAAGGAACAUUUUACAAAAUGUUAUUCAAUUGUGGGAAACAUGGAAAAAUUGUAUGAUAUCAAUAAGGAUCAUCUGGAAAAAUGUUAUACGAUUUCGCGCAAACCCACAGUUGAUACUAGAAAUCUGGAACCUGAAACUCCUGCCCUAGAAACAAGCUCAAAUAGCAAUAAGGAGCAUUUGGGAAAAAGUUUUUCAAUUGUUGGCAAAUGCACAGUCAAUACUACAAAUCUGGAACUUGAAACUCCUGCCCUAGAAACAGGGUACAAUAACAAUCAGGCAAAGAGUUGGUCAUGUGUGAGCAAAGCCAAGGUUGAUAAUACCCCUGCUGGGUUCGCUAACAAGAAGGAUUAUUUGAAAAUGCUCACCUAUUGGACUGAUGAGGGUAUAACUGGGAAAACUUUCAAACCCCCUGAUCUCCGAGGAGUCUACGACUACGACUAUAAAUGAAAACAUUAAUUUAACUUAUAUGUUGAUACCAUCGGCAGUAUUCUAGUUCUUUUUUUUGUAAUUGUUACUCCAGUUCCUGGAGUAUUACCUAACAUACAAGAAUUAUAUAUUAAGCACCUAGAAUACACCUAAGCAAUUUGAUCUCAGAAAAAGUGUUUUUGAACGUAAUAUUGAUUUUAUUGAAAUUUGUUAGGGUUAGUAGAGCUUGUACUUCGAUCCUCGACACCUCUCCUGCUCCUCUCUGUUUGAAGCGUUACUCAUCUGCACUGAAAAAUAAUUCAUCUAAAAGAAGUUAAUUUCAAGUUGAUUUAUCUGUCAGGUCCAAAGAAUAAUGAAACUUACAUCGACAUAUGGGCAGAACUCAUUUAUCAUCGUGUAUAAGCUCCAUCAAAAAUCUUGUAAAAACACUGGCUCCAUUAUAACUUACUUGUUGUUUUGAAUUCACGCAAAAUUACUCCUAUAAAUUUUUAAUGAAGAAAUACUGUAUCCUAAUUUCAAGAUUUAGUGCCGGUUGCACAACAGCCGGUUAAAUUUGCCGUGAUUAAUUUCACGAGAACCAAUCAGAGAAGCCGUCUUUUCAAAAACGACUUCUCCGAUUGGUUCUCGUGAAAUAAUUCACGGUUGAAAUUUAACCGGCUGUUGUGCAACCACCGGGCCUAAUAUUUAGUAGUUAUGAAGAUCUGGGGAGAACUAAAACUCUUGUAUUUCAAGUGUAAGGUUCUCAAUUCAAUCAUGAAGAGUUGUUACAGACUUUAUUCUUCCGAAUGAAUUGGAAGAAAGAUGAAAUAGCUUACUGUGUUGGUGGUUCCUAAUAGAGUUCGCUUUCUCAGCGAACUGUGUUGAGGAUCAAGUUCAGACAAGAUCACUCAAUACUGGGGACUGUUUCACUGAUUAGGGUACCCGUUUCCCAGUAUUUUACUGAUGUUUAAGAACAAACAUGUAUAUUAGGCAGGUUACAAUAUUACACUUCGAAUCACUUCCAAGAUGGUUUAGAGAAAUUAUUCUUUCUUAUAUAUGAAAUAAUUACCAUUACAGUUAUAGCCCAAGGGUAGUAUACAGGUACUAAUAUAGCAUAAUACUUUUUGUUCACCUAUAUAGCGUAAUUGAUCCACUUGUUUAUUAUUGUGUGAUUAAUUUAUGAAUAUCGGGGCACCGAGCUUCGCUCGUUAUUUUUAUUUAUUGAUAAACAGAACCAUAGCCUACUAUAAAUAGAGUAAGCCAUGACAGAACACAUUUCUCUCAAAUGAUCAUGUUUAUAUUUUACAGCUGGCUAUACGUCAGCUUAUUAAUUUUGGAUAAUAUGCGAUAUUUUGAUCUUCCACAGAAUCACUCGCUCACUUUUUACUAACCAAAGGCGACGAAAGUCUCAGCUGUUUCAGCCAAGGAUGAAUUAUCCUUUUAAUGUCGUUCACCGAGUUUUCCCAAGGAUGAAACCUAGUGCAAUCGAAUUUUUAUAUCAUAAACCUACUAUGUUCCAAAUUUCGUGAAAAUCGUUAGAGCCAUUUUCGAGUUCCGUUGAACAUAAAUAACCAGAUAUAAAAAUAUAAACAGAUAUACAGAAAUUGCUCGCUUAAUAUAAUAGGAUAAGUGUAGAUUUAAACACCAAUAUUUUAGAUAAGUUACAUUUAUCAAGUAACAACGAUUAAUUUUUGUAUAAAAAUUGUAAAGAAACAUCAUUAGUCAUAAAUUGGAAGAAAUUUUUUUUUAAAGGGUUGAGGACUGAGAAAAGAAUCAUAGUUUAGUUCAACUCAAUUACUUUACAACAGACCUGUGUGAGUGACAGUUUUUUUGUUUCUAUUUAAUUCCUAGUUUUAUGAUUUUAUAUCUGUUGGUAAUUUGUAAGUGAUUUUUGUUCCUUUAUAUAGGUAUCUACUGUAAUAUUGUUAUAUGUGUUAGUAAUUAAUAAGUGAUAAUUGGUGCCUUGAAAUAUCUGUAAUAUAUAAUUUCUGAAAAA